UUUUGUGAAAUAAUAAUUUUGAAUCAGUAAAAACAUGUCUUUGGAUAUUCUAUAGGAAAAAAAACACGGGAACUUUAAAGUGAGUUAAGAGGAGACAUAAAAUGUGAUGUUACAUCAAGCUUUUAGAAGGAAAUGAAACAAGAUGUUUCGACUAAAUUUUGAAAUCCCCCAAAAUUUGAACUACAAAAUUGUAUGCCUCUACAAGCGGAAAUUAUUUAAGAACCAGUCACCUUCGUAAGUAAAAGUUUGACAUAAGAAGCAAACAAGUAAUACAAAAAGUGAGAUAUAGAAGAGAAAUAAACUCAAAAUGACUUCGUUUCAAAAGAUUUUUUGUUUUAAAAAAACCCAAAAUAGCUUGGGCUUUUAUAAUGUCCUAAAGCAAAUUGGUUGGAUCCGAGCAUCCGGCUCAAGACAGCCCAAACUUCGUCCAUUCCUGAACUAAAGCCCAUUUAAUUAGAAAAAAGACCCUCUAAUAUAACUACACUAUAAAACUGCUAACAUGUGAAUUAACUCUUACUGAGUCUUGUAUAUCAGUGACGAAGUCACCUAUAAUGUUAGACCAUUUUCAAACAUAUUUCAUUCAUUUCGUUUUCUUUUCAAUUCCUUUUCAUGUUCCUAUUUUUUUUAUCUCAAAACAGCUUAUUUUCGAGAAGAAUCGUGAAAGAAAAAAAAAAGAAUCCAAUGCUAAAAAAAAUAAUUUUAGAAAUUUCUCCGUAACGAGACAUUAAAAUGCAAAAAAAAAACCAGAACCGUGAAGGAAAGCUCGGUUACGUUCGGCUACAGUGGCUAUGUUUCCGUUGAGCAAACGCGGCACGGCGACCAAGGGUGGCCCACAAAUCAUAGACCUGGUCACGAGACACCUAUUUCCCAGUCCCCGCACAAACGCAUGUUCCGGCGAAGAAGUGUCCCCAUCGCCCUCGCACGUUAGCUAUCCAGGCUGUUGUCUCACUGACAAGUGAGCCCGCUUCACACCAACCCCACCAGUCAUUGACCUCCACACGGCGCCGUGUCUUCCCAUGCUUCCACACACUUCACCUACUCCCCACCCACCACACAGUUCGCUUCCGAGUUCACACUUCACACUUCACACUGAGAGCGGCGAGCUCGAGCUCGAGCUCCCGCUUCCGCUGCUCCCGAAGCCCAAGCCCUAAACCCCUCGGGCCCAAAUGCCGACGCGGGCGUCCGCGGUGGCUGCGCUGCUGGUGAUCCUCGCGGCGGCGCUGCGCGGAGCGACGGCUAAGACGACGAUCGAGCCGUGCUCGGGCGCGGACGCUUGCCCGGCGCUGCUGGGGUACACGCUCUACGCGGACAUGAAGGUCUCCGAGGUGGCCGCGCUCUUCGGCGCCGACCCGACGGCGCUGCUCGCGGCCAAUGCGCUCGACUUCGCCUCCCCGGGCGCGGCCAAUCGCAUCCUUCCCGCGGGGACGCCCCUCCGCGUGCCCACCCGCUGCGCCUGCUCCGACGGCAUCCGCAAGUCCGUCGCCGUCCGCUACGCCGCGCGCCCCGCCGACACGCUCGCCUCCGUCUCCGACAUCGUCUUCGCCGGUCUCGCGUCCGCCGACCAGAUCCGCACCGCCAACGGGCUCGCUGCAGAGGACCCAGACGCGCCGCUCGACCCCACCUUGACGCUCGUCAUCCCCCUCCCCUGCGUCUGCUUCAACUCCACCGACAACAGCCUCGCUGCCGUCUACCUCUCCUAUGUUGUGCGAGUCGGGGACACCGUGCAAUCCAUCGCCGCGAGCCACGCCACCACUGUCACGGAUAUCAGCAACGUGAACGCCAUGGGGAACCCCAUUGUCGCGCCCGGCGACAUCCUUGCCAUCCCAUUGCCUGCUUGCGCAUCGGCGUUUCCAAACUCUGCUUCAGACUAUGGAUUGCUUGUGGCAAACGGGACAUAUGCGCUAACUGCUGGUAACUGUGUAGAGUGCAGUUGUGGGCCAGCGAAUCUCAAUUUGUACUGCACGCCAGCUUCAUUAACAGCAUCAUGUUCAAGUAUGCAGUGCACCAAUAGCAACCUAAUGCUUGGUAAUGUGACUGCACAACCCACUAGUGGUGGCUGCAGUGUCUCGUCUUGCAGCUAUGGUGGCUGUGUUAACGGAACCAUCGCAACAUUGCUAUCCUCUGGUCUUCAACCCACAUGCCCAGGACCGCAUCAAUUCCCCCCACUCACGGAGCUGCCUACUGCAGCAAACCAUGGUUUCUAUUCUCCAUCCCCAGCACCAGGACCUGGAGAGGCAGGUGGUGCGAUUCCUGGCACAUCAGUGCCUGGAGGAUCCAAUGUUUCUUCUGCAAAUGGCCCUGCCGGAAGUGUCUCACGAGUGCCUUUGAUGAAUCAACCACACUGUAUCCUCCUCCUUUUCAUUCUUUCCCUAGUGUUGUAGUUGCAGAUGUGAAUUCCUGUGCAAAGUAUUGCUGGCUGCACUUGUAUUGAAACUGGGGGCGUCAUUUGGCCAGUUGGUGUACAAUCUCUUCCUCCUAUUAUUGUUCGGUAAAACCUUCAGUAGAGUUUCGCAUCCUACAGGUUCGCCUGUGCCGAAGCCUACUGAAAAAUCAAGGGAAAAAAAUACAAAACCCCUCCAAAAGUCACUUA